AUGGAAGAUAUGAACAAUGUAUCAAUUCAAGGAGACCAACGGUACAUCAAUUACAAAUUUGAUUUAUUCACAGUGCCAGUGCUAGUUGCAACUUUUCCAAUUAUUUAUUUAGUUCCUACUGUUUUUAUCAUAUUUAAAGUUUUCAAGGUUUUCUGGGGGAGUUUGUUCGAAAAACGAAUGGAAAGUUUGAAUCCGCAUGUGUUUUUGGUUAUUGUUGUUUCUCAGCUUACAAGCAUAUUAUAUAUGAUAUCUGAUUACUUAACCAUUCGAAUUCCAUUUACUGGAGCUAUAACAUCUUGGUGUGCAAUUCAACAACCAAAUCAUUUUCUAAAAAUCUUAUUUUUCCUUUCAAUUUAUUUCACAUUUACUUCAUGGCUUUUUCCAUCUCUUUUAUCAACUUUGCGAGUAAUAUCGAUUUAUUUCCCGCAAAGACAGAAAUCGUUGUCAGCUCGGAUAUCAAAAUAUGCGAUCCCAUUCAUUUACGUCUACCCAUUCAUAUUUUCAUUUUCCCUAGCACCGGCUCUCGGUUUUUGUAGACAACUUUUGGGGCCAUAUCAGUUUGGUGCAAUUUAUAUUUGGUUCAGUGGAAAUUGGAUGGAGAUUAAAAUUGUAGUUGGAUUCGUCUUGAACAUGAUCUUCUGGCUUAUCCUGUGCACUCUAUUGAACUUAUUCCUCUAUAGAAAACUGAAGAAAAUGAGCAAUCACGGAAAAAGCGCGACACUCCAAAGAGCUGAAUAUUCCCUUACCUUGACAACUUUCUCAAUGCUUUUGUCGUACAUCACGAACUUGGCGUGUGCCCUAAUGUUCAUAAUCUUCCCAUCAAUGUUGGUGUACUUCAUCGCUCUCCGACCUUUUGGAAAUGAUUGUGAAACAGUUUUUGUGCCAUGGGUUUUCUACCUAACUCAUCCAAUUUUUAAAAAGAAACAGAAGAUUGGUUGGAGUGGGACGUUUAACUUAAGAACUCGGAUAAUUUAA